AUGGAGCGACCACGGAGGGCUGGCCCAGCUCAAGAGUCUGCGAAUCCCGGACUUGCACGGCCUCGGGAUUGCCGACUGAAUGAAGAGGAACGUGAAUCAAUUUCGCAGCGGACCGCGCGUCGUCCAGGCCUCCAGGUUAAGAUAGAAGAGCACUGGUCAGACCGGGCUACCUGUCAGACCGAGACCUCCCUACAACGAGUUCGGGAACAACAAAUCGAGCACCGUCCCCGCUGGCUGACCUCUAUGGAUAAUCUUGUCGAGUUCAUCCAGAACUUCCGAUUACCGAUCGCGUUGGAGGAAGACGUGCGGAUGCUGCUUAUUGACGACGGCGUCGACAUUGAGGAGAAACCGCUGCCGGGGAAGAUCAAUGGGGGGCGCGGUUUCUGCGCACAAGAUCAUACACAGAGCCUAGAGCGAAUCUUCUUGUGUCGCGCAAACGCGGUCGACACCCGGAACUUGGAAGCCGCGAUUGGGGAAGCGGCCAUGGCGGGCAUUUCGAUGUUUUGUGCGGCCAACGACCAGGGAGCUGUGCUCGAUAUCGGGGAUGCGGAGGCAUCGCGCGCUGUGUGGAAGUGGAUGGGUGCCGCGGCAGCUGUAGACUUCAUCUUCCCCGGCCCCAAUGUCGUCAAAGAACGCCUCAAAGACGGACCGGUCGACAAAGGCCAGACCUUAAUUGCCCUGCAGACCCAGGCUGUCAGCCAGUCAAGCAAGCCAGGGGACCACCUCGACGGUCUUGAGAUCCAGGAGCGCAUGCGGGAGAAUGUGUUUGAGGAGGCCGCGGAGAUUAGCCAGGGCAAGACGCCGGGCCAGUUUCCAGCUAUCGUCCAGGAGGUUGCCAACAAGCUGAAGACCCGAAAGUUGCUGUAA